AUGAAGAGGUGGAUCUCAACGGCCGGAUUUGCUUCAGUUCUCGUGCUAGUUUCUGCCGAUGCGGCCCCACGCUCAGAUGCCCACCUCCAGCAUCCAUCGGCGUUCUUCCAUUACCUCCGAGCUACAAACCAGCCGGAUUCGCCGACCGCACUCCGCCAAAUCAUCCAGAAGAGAUAUGCCAGUUUUCUACCGCAAGAUACCCCGGGCUUGCCGAUCUUUUGUCCCGGCGGUUUCGCCGCUAGACUGCUUGCAGCUCUCACUUCAUCCGCCCCCGACCCUGCCUCCGUGGAGGUCAACACGCUCGUUGCUUACGUAGCCGAAGGUGACAAUCGUCUUGACCCAAAAGCCUUGGCCCAAGGGGUUAUGUCUAUGUUCAAUCACAUUCGAUCGGACCCAGAAGAUGCAGCGCCCAUUUCAUUUGAAAGCUUGCGUGAACCGGUCAGUUGGAUGGCCUCCGACGCGUACCAACACAAGACACGGCAAGAUAUAUAUGGAUGA